UUGCUUAGGUUUGUGGCCUAUAUAGCGUCUGACCAGAACAAAGUGAAGAAUGUGUUUGUCAAAUGCACCAAAUGUAAAAAUGCCCGACAAGUGACGUUUGAGAAGAGUACCGAUGUUCGCAACUACUACUGGACUGGUGUAGAAAAUGUGAUUAUCUAUUUGCGAGACAACGAUGGCGACGAAAACUGGAAGCUGUUCAAGAAGAAUAUAUCUGACGCAGAAAUGGCUGCUAAUCCGGAGAAAAGGACGGUGAUUUCUGAUCGUAAAACAGUGCAGGCUCGCAUUAUUGCAAUAACCACAAGGAUUCACGAAUACUCAUCGGACUCAAUGAUGAUAAUCCAGCGUGGGUUACACGUUUGUGAAUUCGCAGUAGGGAUGAAAAAGGUACUUGCCUUUUUACCAUGCGGCCGACUGGUUCAUUGA